AUUUCCAUCGUCUUCAGUCGCCUCUCUGGUGUUAGCGUGGAGUAGCAACGCUAACGCCCACGCCGUGCUUCCGAAACCUUUCUCCCCUUUCCCUCUCCUCUUUCUUCUCUCAAAAUGUUCAAAAGCAAACUUCAAGAGCUUUGCCAGAGAAAAAGUUGGGAUCUGCCGGAGUACAACACCACCAGAGAUGGACCCGCUCACAUGCCGCGUUUCGUCGCCACCGUCAACGUCUGCGGCCAAAUGUUCCGAACUCCAACCAUUUGCAGGUCCUCAAAAGAAGCCCAAAACACUGCGGCCAGAAUUGCUUUCGAGCAUUUAGCUGCCUCUUCGGCACCGCGCGACGCUCAGCCCCUCCCCCCUCCUGUGCUGCCUUUGGAUUCUCAGCAUCAACAGCAGGCCGUCUCACCUGCUGCCUCGCUCCCCGCAGCGAUUAUUCCUUUGCCUGAAAUCGUUCAGGUAUCUCAAGAUCCUCCUGUUCCGGAAUCUCCGGUUCCUUCGUCUCUUCCGCUCCCCUCUUUUGGAAUUAUGUCCCCAAAGAAUUGUGCUAAUUCAAAGCCUGGGGAGGAGGUAAAGCUGCAAAUAUGUGGAGAUACCAAGGACACACCAGCUGUUCAUGUAACGGAAAUUGGCACCCGUGACGUGGGUCUAAAAGAAACAUUGCCUAUGUAUAAGAAUCGGCUUCAACAAUUCGCGCAAAAGCAAAAUAUUGGUUUUCCUGUUUAUGCUUGCGAGACUGAAGGCCCUCCUCAUGCCCGCCGGUUUAAGUCAUCAGUCAUUCUUAAUGGGAAAUCUUAUGAAACCUUGGAAUUUUUCUCUACACUGAAGGAAGCUGAGCAAGCAGCAGCCAAAGUUGCUUGUGAAGCAUUGUCAGUGGAGGGAAAACAAGAGGAUUCAGGUUUAUACAAAAACCUUUUGCAAGAGUUUGUGCAAAAGAAGGGUCUUAUGUGCCCAUCAUACGAGACAACAAGCUCUGGCAUGUCUCACAUGCCAGUGUUUGUGUCUACUGUUGAGGUGGGGACGUAUACAUUUCAAGGAGCUCAAGCAAAAACAAAGAAGCAAGCAGAGAUGAACGCUGCUAAAGUUGCUUAUAGCGCUCUUACAAAGAGCUGCCCACUUGCAGAAUCAUCUAAAUCAUCCCUGUCAUCCUCUGGUGUUGCUGAAAACUUAUCACAUGCCAUCCAGCCUAUAAUUACACCUAAAAAGCACCUUGGAGAAGACAACGAAGCACAGAUUCAAGCCAAAAAGGCCAAAAGCUCACCCGAAAAUGUCAAUGUGAAUGCUUGUCUGCCAGGUUCAUCGACUCCUCCAACUUAUCAUUCCAGUUCGCCUUCCUCUGAAGCGGCGCAUACUGAACAGGCAGCUGCCGACCAGCCCCCAGAUGCGCAGAAGGUUGUGGUGAUGCCGCGCAAUUCAAACUUGCCUAGACCUGAGGGUGCUGUAGUGAUGCCAUACAGUGACGGUCGCUGGGUGGCUUAUAAGGUUGAGGUCACCAAAGAAACGUCUGCAUAAAUACAUUAUCCAACCUUCCAUCUGAUUGAUGGUCCUCUGAAACGGUAGCACUAACUGAAUAUUUAGAACAAUGUCUACAUUUGCUGACAAUUGUGUUGAAAAGGUACCUCAGUUUGUUUUGAACAAUGUUGUUGUCUCACAUAUGUGUGUUUGUAUGUGAUUUUACCAAUUAGGUUUUAUAUUAUGAUAAUCACAUGUUUUUGCAUCA